UUGUUUUUCCACGUGCUGUUGCUGCUGCUGCCUACGGUAAAUUUUUUCAUUUUUUUGUUGUUGUCUCGUCGAAAUCGAAUUUAUGGCCGGCGCUUUCCAAAAUUUAUAAAAUUUAUCUAAUAAACUCGUCACAAAUAAAUUAUUCUUGCAUUUUGAUUCAAAUUAAUAGCCAUGAAAAACAAACGAUCACAAAAUAAUAAUAAAAAAGGCCAACAAAAAGUCCCUCAUCCAAUAAUAACUCCAUCGAAAAGUAUAAAAAAUGAAGACCUACUUCGAAAGAAACUUAAACAACUACUUGAAAAACAAGUACCAUCACAAGCUGGUUCAAAUAUUAACCAGAAAUCAAACAAAAUGUCUUACAAUAAACCCAAAAGUUUUAAACAAAAUGAUAAUGAUGUACAUUUGAAGGAAGAAAUUCCCAAAUUUGAUAAAACGAAGAAUUCUUCUCAAGCAAAUGAACCAUUCAAUGUAAAACCCAAGAGUUCAAAACAAAAUGGUAAUGAGAAACCUCUGAAAAAAGAUACUUCCAAGGUUCCUAAAAAGAACUUUUCUAAACCAAAUAAAACAUCCAAUGUCAAACCCAAGAAGAGUUCUAAGCAAAAUGGUAAUGAGGCAACUUUGAAAAAUGAAAGUUCCAAAAUUCCUAAAACCAAUCCCAAAUUGAAGAUUGGAACAGAAGCUGGCCAAAGUGCCAUUUCGAAGAAAAAUAAAAAAUCGAUCACUAACGAUUCCAAUUCGAAAAGCAUUGAGGUUCCACUUAAGAGAAGACUAAACGAAGAAAAGAACCCUUCCAAGAAAAGUAACACUUCAGAUAAUAAAUUACCAGCUAAGAAGCAAAAGCUUGUUAAUGGUAAAGCAAAUGCAAAGCAGUUCCAACAAACUCCCAAAAAAAAGACUGAUAAAGACGAAGCUAAACAAACGAAUGCAGAUUGUAAAAAAGCUAAACAGUCCAAAUCAGUGUUGAAUAAAAAAAAGCCUAAAUCCGAACCAUAUGUUCAAGGACGUGGGCCUCUACGUCCUCCAACUUCCGACUCUGAAUUUGAUACUGAUAUGAAUUCAAGUCCUUGCCAACUAAAUAAUGAACAAGAAGAAAUUCUUAAUUCUGAGUCUGAAAUAGAUGUGCCUCGUGAAGAAGUUAAACAAAAUAAUAUUCCAAAUACAGAACAAGCUUUGAUACGAGCUAAAAAUGAAUUUGAAGGUUCUUGUUCGGACGACGAAGACGGCGAUCGCAAUAAUUCUUAUCUUGAUUUUUUGUUUGAAAAUACAUGUAACGAUUCUGAGGAAACAACAUCUUUCUCAGGCCAAUCAGAAAGCGAUUAUGAUGAAGAUGAUGAAGAAGAAGAAUAUUCAGAUGAAUCAGAUAUGGAAUAUGCAAGCGGAUCAAUUGAAGAUGAAUCUACAGAAGGCUACGAUGAAUACUCGGACCAAGAGUAUUGGGAUGGUUAUGCGUCGGAUAGGGAUGAUUAUUUCCAUUCUUCAAGUGAUGAUGGAGACUAUCAACCGCCGGGAAAUCCCCCUGAAGAUGUUUACAUUGCCCAAGGAACAGCUGUUAAGUACGAGCUAACAACAGAUGACGUGGGCUUUGAUAAUGACAAAGAAGAUGCUCAAAUAAUUGAAUUACCUACAGAAAUCCCAGAUCUAGAAACCACUUCCAACAAAGAAAACUUACCACUGCCCAUUAAACAAUGCAAAAAGACAUGCUCAAAUGAUGACAAACCAAUGUCAGAUAGCGAUGAUAGCUGUCCAGAGUUGAUACCAAUUGAUUAUACAAUCGACAAUGAAAACUUUUAUUCUUCAAGUUCUGAAUCAUCUCAUAGUUGCUGUAGCAGUUGUUCUUGUGAUGAAAACGAUGAAAAUGACUACAGACCAAUUACUCCAAAAAAAUGUCAACCAAUGACGGCAGAAAUUAUUAAGGCUAAAGCCAAUGAUGUCGAUGGUAUGGAACAUUUUUUUGAAAUUAAUUCUAACAAGCCUAACAUUAUAACGACUGCGGACUUUGUACUGGAAGAAUUAGAGAAUUCUAAUUCUUGUAAUUCAUUGCGUUUCAAAGUUUAUACCAUUAACAAUGAAGUUUUCAAUAAAGAUUCAUUAUCAAGUAGUAAAACAUUACAGAGUAAAGUUAAUUCAAACAAUAAAGAUUCAUCAGCUGCAAUAGAGAAAGUUUCUGAAAAACAACAGACCGUAAUAAACCAAAAAACACAUGAUACAAAAAAACCUUCUCCUGUAACGUCUUUCCCAUCUGAAACCCAACAUCCAAAAAUAAAUGAAGCAACUUAUGCUCCAAAACCAAAUUCUGCCUUAACGCCGUCACAAGAGGAGAAGAGCCCUCAAAAGAAGAUUCCAGCAACAGAAAACUCGAGUCCUUUCUAUAGAAAAGAGCAAAUUUCUAAAUCAAAACCAUCACAGCCAAAGGUACAAAUAAAAACAUUGUUCUUUAACGCCAUCAACUGCAAUCAUGUAAUUGUGCUUCUCAAAGAUCCUCUUUACAUUUAUGGAACUGUCAAACUCAAACUUCUCGCAGGCGGUGUAAAUAUUUUUGGUUACAAUCCCAAACGAAACGAAGUAUUGGAAAUCUUCUCACCACGAGGUUAUAGUUCCUUAAAAAUUGAACCAUCCUAUAUAGGUGUAAAUGCUGCACCCGUAAAUGAAAAAGAACUGCUUUCAUUGACACCAUUUUUUAUUCGUUCGGACUUGGAAGAAAUUCUUGCCAAAUUUGAACCUUCCAAAGAUGCUAUCUUGAUUCUUGAACGCAACGAUCGAAGCAAAAAAGUCAACAUGCUUCGCAAAUACAUGGUUGAGCAUUUGUUUCCCAAUAUGAAUUCCAUUCAAAGUGAUCGUCCAUUUUAUACAAGUGAAUUCCUCUUGCGUUGCAUAAUAACCCCAAAUACUGAAACUCCAUUACUUAUCAAUCCUGAUUGGAAUAACAUAAGAAUUCAAAAUAACAGCAAAACUCUAAUAAUAGGUGGAAAAUCUGUUGGCAAAUCGACACUGUUACGUUAUUUGAUUAAUAAAAACCUGAACGAACAUAAUAAAAUCUUGUUGAUAGACUUGGAUAUUGGCCAACCCGAGAUGUUUGUACCUCAAACUUUAAGUGCAACUAGUAUAACUGAACCAUUACUUGGUCCGGGUUACUUUUUGAACAAACAACCAGAUAAGUCUUUUUUGGUUGGACAUAUCAGCAUAAUUCAUUCACUUGAAUCAUACAUUGAUAGUUUAAGAGCGUUAUUGGAGUUUUGCAAUGGAAACAACGACUACAAAGACAUUCCUUGGAUAAUAAAUACUAUGGGUUAUAACAAAGGUUUUGGCGAUGAAUUAGUUUCUGUGAUUUGUAGUCUUCUAAAACCUUCGAACAUUGUUCAGUUCGAAAGUAAUAAAGAAAUAAAUGAUUUCGAUGUAAUUAUGACAAAAGAAAAUGUUAAGACUCUAGAGAGAAACAUUGUUGGAGAGGUGUUUCAGUCAAGUAAUGAAUUUGAUCCUCAACAUGAAGUGACCUUGAUAAAUGCUUUGAUACCGAAGAAUAGAAAUUCAAACUCCGGCUGGGCUAUGAAACCCAGAGAUAUGAGACUAGCAAUGGUUUUGACAAGACUUAGUAGUAUCUUAAUUGGGCAUGCGGAAUGGAUAACUGAUGUUAAGCCACUUUGUGCUUCUAUUGAUGAUUUGAACAUCAUUAAAAUGGGGGAUGACCAACUUUGUAAGGAAGAUUUGGUGAAAACUUUAAUUGGCAAUCUCGUUUAUCUUUGUCGAUUGGAAUCAGGAAAAGCAUACGAGUGCUUUGGAAUAGGUAUCGUAAGAGGUGUGGAUUAUCCAUUGAGACAAAUUUAUUUAUUGCCAACAACACCAUAUUGUUUACUUGAAAAUGUAAAUUGCUUAGUAAUUUGUGAAAUUCCUUUGCCAUCAUCAAUUCUUCUAAGUCAAGGACCAAAAGUUAAAGGUGUUGCUUCGUAUGUGUAUAACACAGUGGAUGAUGCAGCAUCUAUGUACAUAAAGCAUAUGUACAAGACUCCACAAAAUUUUACGGGUAAACGUAAAUAAGUUGUUCAAAUAAAAGCUCUGAGAUAUGUAUAUUAUUUUUAUGUUUUGUUUUUUCCUUUUUUUUUUUGUUGAAGUUGUCCUUUAAAUUUCAUUUAAUUAAACUAUAAUUCAUUUAUGUGUUAAACAAUA